CCAUAUACUCUCAGACAUGGAAGAGUUCCAUGCGGACACUACAGUCGGGCUGAUUGCCUGUUGCCAAUGUGGUCUACCCAUUCAACCCAAUGCGGCCAAUAUGUGCAGUGGUUGCAUACGUUCGAAGGUUGACAUCACAGAAGGCAUCAGCCGGACAUCCACUAUCUACAUAUGCAAAUUCUGCGACCGCUAUUUUGUACCGCCCAGCGGUUGGAUGCGCGCUGAACCGGAGUCGAGAGAACUUCUAUCAAUAUGUUUGAAGAAGAUGAAGCCUCAGCUCCUGAAAGUUCGAUUGACCGACGCAUGCUUUGUAUGGACGGAGGCUCACUCGAAAAGAAUCAAAGUGAAGCUGACAAUUCAGAAGGAAGUCUUCAACAAUACGAUACUCCAGCAAACCUUUAUCGUCGAGUUCACCAUUCAUAACCAGAUGUGUGAUGAUUGUCGACGUGCGGAAGCAAAAGACUUUUGGCGAGCAUGUGUACAAGUUAGGCAGAAAGCACAAUUCAAGAAAACUCUAUUCUAUCUUGAGCAACUGCUCCUCAAGCACGGGGCUCACAAUCAGUGUACUGGUGUGAAACCAGUGCCUACUGGUAUCGAUUUCUUCUUUGCCAAAUUACAGGAAGCGCGAAAAUUUGUUGACUUUUUGAAUACUGUGUUGCCUUGUAAAUAUCAUUACGCUCAGGAAUUAGUCUCUCAUGAUACUAAAAACAACACCUACGAUUAUAAGCAUACGUUCUGCGUUGAAAUAGUGCCUAUAUGCAGAGACAACAUCGUCUGUAUGCCGAAGAAAGUAGCUCAGCAGCUGGGUAAUAUGAGUCAGAUCGCAAUCUGUCUUCGGGUUUCCAAUGUGAUCACUCUUAUCGAUCCAAACAACCUUCAGAUGGCUGACAUACAAGCUACAACAUUUUGGCGGGAACCAUUUGAGUCCCUGUGUUCACCAAAACAACUCUCCGAAUUCUAUGUCCUUGAUGUCGAAACGGUUGAUAACUUCGAGAGAAAGGCUGGUCAUGGAUAUGUCAGUAAGAAGCACGUGUUAGCAGAUGUUUGGCUCGUGCGAAGUCAUCAGGUGGGUAUGUCUGACGCUCAAACACUUUCGACGAGGACCCAUCUUGGGCAUCUUUUGAAUCCCGGAGACUUAGUUCUAGCCUUCGAUAUUCGGAACUCUAACGUCAACAACAGCGUCUUUGAUGAAAUGAAGCCUGAGGACAUUCCUGAUGUGGUCAUCGUCAAAAAAGUUUAUGAUCGUGCUAAGAGGGCAGCUCGCCGCCAGUGGAAGCUCAAGCGACUGGUUGUAGAUGGCAACAUCGUGGGUAAUGAAACUGAAAGUGUUGCAGAUGAGUUCCAAAGGUUUAUGGAGGAUGUAGAAGAAGAUCCUGCUUUGCGAGAAAAGAUUAACAUCUAUAAGGAUGAGGAGAAGCUCAAGCAACCUGUUGAUGAAGACGAUGAAGCCAUACCGGAUGCCCCAACUUUAGCUGAAAUGUUGGAUGAACUUACAUUCGAAGAUGCCGAAAUGCAAGACGCUGCCAGUACUUCACAGGAAGAGUCUAUGGAUAAGUAACCCUAUCAAACCAUGCAGAGUUCUAUACUGACCAUUGUUUCCUGGCCUGCAUUGGCCUCUGUACAGUGCUGUUGUUUUGUUUUGUUGAGAUAUUGUUAUGUUUAAUAAGCUUGUCGAUUAGUUUCCUCAGUGAAAUAAAUUCCUCCAUUUUCUAGGC